UCUUCACUUGUACCAUCCCAAAAAGGUGUUAUAUGCUCUGAUCAGUGAGUGGAACGUUGUGACCGCUUGCUUUAGUCUGUUUUCUCUUUGGCAAAAUAUGGCAGAARCUGUGCUUUUUGACUUUGUUGGGAAGAUAGUGGCAAGCUUAGCCCCUCAAGCUAUUCAAGAGAUUGGUCUGGCAUCAAAUGUCGGAAAGGAUGUUGAAAAGCUCAAAAACAAGCUAUCAACGAUCAAAGAUGUGCUUCUGGAUGCAGAGGAGAAGCAAGCCAAGAACGAUGCCGUGAAAGAUUGGCUCAGAAGGCUCAAGGACGCUGUUUAUGAUGCAGAUGACGUGGUAGAUGAAUUUSAAACUGAAGCUUUGCGAAGGCAAGUGGAGAUCCAUGGCAGCAAAAGAAAGGAGGUAUAAUAAGCGAGGAGCAUCUCUUAUGUGUUAUAACAACUCGAGAAUUACGUACGUCAUUUAAUUUCAACCCACUGUUAUUAGUUUGUGGUCAACACCUGUUAGGUUUCAACUUUCAAUUGUACUCUGUAGCGGUUGAACAAGUUUAUUCCUUGCAGAUCCAACUCAUUUCUUUAUUUGUUCAUUUCUCUUGUCUAUGGACGAUUCAUUCUAUGAAGUUUGUGAAUCAGGAUGUGUUCUGAAAUAAACUAUUGCUUUCCUUUCCAA